AAAAGCUAGGAUCAGGCCAAACGUCCAUGCUAACCUUUUCUGUGAUAGGCCCUAAAGGAAUAUAACAAUUCGCUUUUUAAAUGUAUAAAUAUUUUUAAUUUUUAGGCCUCUUUGAGCAUGGCCAUCUUUCCUACGAGUCGGACAGAGAAAACGGUCCAAAUGGCGAACCUUCGUUAGCCAAUAUGACUAAAAAAGCUUUAGAAAUAUUAAGAAAAAAUCCCCACGGUUAUUUUCUUAUGGUUGAAGGUGGAAGAAUUGAUCAUUCUCAUCAUUUUAACAAUGCAAAGAGGGCUUUAAUAGAUACAUUAGCUUUUGAAGAUGCAGUUGUAACUGCUCUACAGAUGAGUAAACCGGAAGAUACUUUAAUUGUCGUCACUUCCGAUCAUUCCCACGUCUUCACCUUUGGAGGUUAUCCUAAAAGAGGCAAUCCAAUUUUUGGUACAGAUGAUAAAAUAUCCGAUAUCGAUGGUAUGCCAUACACAACAUUACUGUAUUCGAACGGUCCAGGAUACAAUAGGAACCAUCCUAACGGUAGAGAAAAUAUAACGGGAAUCAAUACAGGUAAUUCCAUAAAAUUUUUAUGUUUUUACGUCAAUAUAUAUAUAUNUCACGGUGGUGAAGAUGUACCAGUUUACGCUCACGGACCAAUGUCUCAUUUAUUUAGAGGUGUAUUCGAACAAACUUAUAUACCACAUGCCAUGGCUUAUGCUGCAUGUAUAGGACCCGAGAAAGAUAACUGCCAUACGAGGAUGGAAGCUUACAUCAAGAGAAACGAAGCUUGCCCACCAGCGGAACUAAGAAGCCAAGCUGAAAGGCACAGUUCAUCAUAUUCGUGGAUAAUAAUUCUAAUAUGUACGAUAAUGGCUACGUGAUAAGAGUUUUUACAGUGUAAAAGAAGAAGUUAAUUUAUUUAAAUAUGAAAUUUUUUUUUCAUAUUGGAGACCUCAUUUACAAGCUGGAAAUCAUCUUGUAUAAAGACUUGAAAACAACUAUUUUUUAAAAAAUCUUAUGAUAAUUUUGGGUAAAUUAUAAUAAUUUAAACCUAAUUAACCAUAAAUAUAUUAACAAAUAUCAAAGUUUGUUAUCAUUUUAGGGUAUAAAAAAUAUAUAUAUUAAUUAAUGAACUGUUAAUUAAGAAUCGAAUAAAUAAAAUUAUUGUUUA